AUGGCUGGCUGCGCUGAGGAGGGUUCGGUGUCGUUCGCAAGGGCAGCCAAAAAGAAUCGAGACGUGGUCGAUUCUAGUGGAACUCCGAUCAGUGGAACCCCGAUUGGUGAAAUUUACAUUGGUAGAACUCUUAUUGGUAGGAGUGGAGACCUUGCUAAAACCCCAGAUAGUGGAACCCCAGAUAGUGUAAGCCCAGGUAGUAGAAAUCCAGGCAGUGGAAAUUCAGAUAAUGGAAAUCCAGAUAGUGGAAAUCCAGAUAUUGACAGUCCAGAUAGUGGAACACCAAAUAGUGGAACCCCAAAUAGUGGAGCCCAAAAUAGUGGAACCCCAAAUAGUAGAAACCCAGAUAGUGGAACCCCAAAUAGUAGAAACCCAGAUAGUGAAACCCCAAAUAGUAGAAACCCAGAUAGUGAAACCCCAAAUAGUAGAACCCCAGAUAGUGAAACCCCAGAUAGUGAAACCCCAGAUAGUGAAACCCCAAAUAGUAGAAACCCAGAUAGUGAAACCCCAAAUAGUAGAACCCCCACAUAA